UUUGACUUUAAAGCAUCUCGACCAGCGGACAGAAAAGUGGCACUUCCAACAGCUUGCGCAACAACUGUCAUUUAACACUGGAGCGUAUCUGCAACGGUUCGUGUAUUUUUGAGGCGGAGUUUCCCAUCGUUUUUCGGCGAAAGGAAGUUUUACGUGGACAUAAAUGACAUCUGGAGCCAAGCGUGAAGAGACGGGAUGUGAACUGGUCUUCUUUUCUGUGCAGUAUUUGCCGUUGCACAACGGAGGUGGGCUGUUUCAAUUGUCAUCCAGGCUUGGCAGAGAUCUUAGAUCUAUGUGAGAAAGUUUCUGCUGCUGCGGUGUGUCGAGAAACGGACUUUAAACAACCAGAGAUACAAGUAAAAAAUAUAUAUAUAUACCAUUUGCGAGGAAAAUGUCGUUGAAAGCCAGGGUGCUGUAUGACUUCCACUCUGAAAACCCAGGAGAAAUCUCCAUUUCAGAGAACGAGCUGGUGACUCUGUUCAGUGAGGAGGAGCUGGAAGGCUGGCUGGAGGGGGAGAACAGCAAGGGGGAGGCUGGCCUCUUCCCUGCCUCCUAUGUGGAGAUCAUCAGGAACCACAUCACCUCCAACAACAACAACGGCAUCUCCACACCAAAACUGGUGGUGAACCCCUCACACAUGUCAUACACCUCCCCUGACUCCAGAGGGGUAGUAGCUGUUGGGAGUGUUGGCAGCGCUGGGGGGAGCUUCCACACUAGUCAAGGCAGUGAUGACGACUGGGAUGAUGAGUGGGAUGAAAACUCGCCCGCCACAGAUGCUCCUCAGGGUUAUGGCUCCACACCCCCUUUGUACAGCGCGACCACAUCCCUGCCGGGAAGGCGAGGGGUCGCUCAACAGCAGCAUCAAGCCAAGAGCUCAGCCACGGUGGGGAGGAACCUGAACCGGUUCUCCACCUUCGUCAAAUCUGGCGGUGAAGCCUUCCUGCUCGGCGAGGCCUCAGCCUUCGUGAAGGAUGGAGAUCGGAUAUGCGUGGUGAUGGGAAAGCAUGGCCCCGAGUGGCAGGAGGACCCUUACCCCUUCUCCUGCACCAUCGAUGAUCCAACAAAGCAAACCAAGUUCAAAGGAAUGAAGAGCUACAUGUCGUACGGUUUGACCCCAACGCACACCAAUGUUCAAGUCAACCGCAGAUACAAACACUUUGACUGGCUCUACGCUCGUCUGGUGGAGCGCUUUCCCGUCAUCUCAGUGCCGCAUCUGCCUGAGAAACAAGCCACUGGGCGCUUCGAGGAGGACUUCAUCACAAAGCGGAGGAAAGGCCUGAUUUGGUGGAUGAACCACAUGACCAGUCACCCUGUACUGGCACGGUGCGACGUCUUCCAGCACUUCCUGACGUGCGGCGCAGACGAGAAGGCCUGGAAACAGGGGAAGAGGAAGGCGGAGCGAGAUGAGCUGGUCGGAGCAAAUUUCUUCCUCACUAUCAGCACCCCAGCAGUUCCACUGGACCUCCAGGAGGUGGAGAGCAAGAUCGAGGGCUUUAAAACGUUCACCAAACGUAUGGACGAGAACAUCGUCGUUGUCAACACCACCAUAAAUGAAUUUGCCCGCAAGCAGAUCACGGGCUUCAAAAAGGAGUACCAAAAAGUGGGACAGUCCUUCAAACUCCUGGCUCAGUCCUUCGAGCUGGACCAGCAAGUGUACUCCACGGGUCUGAACAAGGCUAUCGCCUACACCGGAGAAUCGUAUGAGGCCAUCGGGGAUUAUUUUGCUGAGCAGCCGCGACAAGACUUGGACCCCAUUUCUGACCUGCUCGACCUCUACAGAGGACACCUCGCCAACUACCCUGACAUCAUCCAUGUGCAGAAAGGCGCGCUGACCAAAGUCAAAGACUGCCCACAGCAGGAAGGUGACCUGCAUGACCGCUGCAACAUCAUCUCCUGCGCCACACUGGCAGAAAUCCAGCACUUCCACCGCACCCGCGUACGAGACUUCCGCUCGCAGAUGCAGCACCACCUCCGCCAGCAAAUCAGCUUCUUCCAGAAGAUCACAGCGAAGUUGGAGGACGCGCUCCAAAGAUACGAUGAACAGUGAGGAGGAGACGACCAGGACGGCAGGAUGGAUGAGCGCUGGGGAAGACAUUACCGUGUUGAGAUUGAACCUCUGGUGAAAGGCACAGUUUUCUUGGGUUCAGUGAACAGCUCUGAUGAAUGUUAGUGCCAGAGAUUCUGCUGACUCACCAGGCACAUCUCAGCUCAGCAGGGCUGCAACUGAUUUUAGAAACAUCUGCUCUCAAUAGCUCCAGUCCAACAAUCGUGUUUUUCAAGGCACUUGGUUGAUAGUCCCUGAACACGUUACUGGCCUAAAAUCCCAGCAUUUGAAUGAACUCACAUCUUGUGUCGUGACUUGGACAGCAUUGAUUUGGCUUGUCCUACUUGAACCAGCUCAGUAUUGUUUAUUUGCAGCAGCAAGACGGUUUCUUCAACUCUUUGAGUCUCACUGCACUUUGAAAUUUGAUCCCUUUGUGACGUCAUGUUUUUUUAUGUGUUCCACUUCACCACUUCUUAUCCUUCUUCCUGUACCAUUUACAAUCUGAAGUUCAUCUUGUUUUCCUCAGUCAUCUGGGCUCCUCUUUUGUCUGUAUGUCGUAGGAACGUUGUGAGCCAGAAAACUAUUGGAAUUGGUGCAAUUUAAGUUUGUUAUAUGACAUUGAAAAUUCACCAAUCAUUGCUAUAACAAAGUAAUACAGUCUAGUUGUAUGAGGUCAUUGAUAACCAAAAUAAUCACCUGUCACUGAAAUCAACUCUGUAUUCUUGCUGUUCAUGCAACACGACUGUUAAACAUGAUGUAACACGACAGAGCAGAUAAAUAAAUGUUUAUUCUUCAAGUGUUUUUAAAGACACAAAUAUUCAUGAGUAAAAACUGUUUUAAAGAGAAUUGCUGAUGACAUUUGAAGCAACGCUUGUUUUUGCUGGCAUUUCUUGGCAAAAUUCAUGUGAAAAAGUUGAACAUAUUUCAAGAACAUUUUUAUAAUGGGACAAGAAACAGGUGGUUACAUUUUGGUGGUGUUCCAGAUUGCCAUCUGUGUUUACAUGGACCACUCUAAUUGAAAUAAAU